UAGCUCACAUAUUGUCUGGUUGAAUGUACGUAGUACACGUGAUUCCGACUUAUCUAGAGGAGAGGGAAGCUACUAUUAAAUGCUCGCUCUUGGGACUCACUGUUUACAGUCUUCAUUUUACUCACAUAUUGGACGGACGCAUCGAAGAUUUAACAAUGAAGAUUGUAAUCUUCUGCGCUAGUUUCGUAGCCCUGCUGGGCCUGGGAAAUUCUCACACAUAUCAUCUCGGGGCCUGUCCGAUCGUCGAACCUAUGCCCCGCUUCGAAAUGAGCCCGUACUUGGGUAUUUGGUACGUGAUUCAGAAAACAUCAACCGCGAGUAACUGCAUCACUUACAAUUACACGCGGGGAGAAGAACCUGGUGAAUAUGUGAUAACUCAGGACUCAAACCACCCAGUUUUAGGUCUGACGCCGUUGAAACACGAGUACCAUUACACCGGGGAACUCAGCGUACCGGAACCCAGCACGCCUGCCCGCAUGCAAGUGCGAUUCCCGCUGAGUCUAGCCGGAAGUGCUUCGCACGUGGUAUUCAUGACGGACUACGUUAACUACGCCGCAAUUUUCUCUUGCCAAAAAAUUGGAUUUGCAAAUCGUCAGAGCGCAACAAUUUUAUCGCGUCGUCGUGAUUUGGAGAAAUCUCGUAUCGACGAGAUCCGAAAUCGUCUGAGCAGUUUCGGGGUCGAUCCGUUUGAUUUGAGCAUCAUUACGCAAACCGGAUGUCCGACCGGCAAUAAUACCGUCGAUAUUAACAUAGACCCGCAUACUUUUUCGGCUGAGAAUAUUGGUCACGUUGUAAGAAAAGCCGGUGAAAAAAUCGGAGAUGGUGUAGAAUGGGUCGCACACGCAGGUGGAACAGUUUAUCACAAAUUAACAGGAACUAGCAGCAAUGAACCACCAAAAACUUCAGACAGCGUAACAACCUCGGCUAAUUACAGACCAGCAUCCGAACAAGGAUCCACUCUCGAGAGUAAUGACGUUGAAUGGAUACCAUAAUAUUUUCGAUGGACAAAAUCAUCAAUCAUGAUCUGAUUCACCAAUGUAUAGGUUUAAGCAAUAAACGACAAAACUACUCGACUAUUUCACGAGGCUAUGAUACUCUGUAGACGCGACUGGAAAUAUCUAAAUCCUUUUUUUCUAGAUACUCAUUUUUAUAUCAAUAACUUAGUUUUUAAUUGGUAGGUAUUUCACGUCCUUAUGUGUAAAUGAUUCUUGCGAUAGGAAAUUAAACCUAUCAUUAUGUGAAAAAUGUGAUAAGAGAAAAUUAAAUUUGUUUACGAACGCCAAAAACUGAUAAACGUCAUCAUUAUUGUUUAGAAAUAAACUGUUACAUAUUCGAAAUA